AUGAAGAGGCUAAGUAAAUUUCAGUUGCUUGCUUGCGUGCUUGCGCUUGCCUCAGCUUCUUUGAGGCAUUUUAUCGAGCAGCUUUUUGGGUCAAUUCAAUGGUAUCUCAAGAAAAAGACCCAGAAACCUGUCUUUGAGGCCUUGCAGAAGAUCAAACAAGAAUUGCUUUUGGGGCUUAUAGCACUGCUGCUGACGACGUUCCAAGACCGUUUAGGAAAAAUCUGCAUAACGGAGAAACAGGCCAGCCAAUGGCUGCCUUGUAAGAAACAAGACAUGAGUACUAGUACUACUGCUCCUCGCUACUGUUCAGAGGGGAAGGUCCCAUUGUUAUCCGCCAUUGCAUGGCAUCAUCUUCAUAUCUUCAUCUUUGUGCUAGCUGCGGUGCAUGCAACUUUCUGUGUUCUAACCAUUCUUUUUGCAAAGGCAAAGAUGAGUCAAUGGAAACGUUGGGAGGAUUCUAUCAAAAGUGAUUACCAUCCAGAAGAAGUUUUGAAAAUGAAGGUCAUUGCUGUCCAUGAUCAUGAUUUUAUCAGGAGUCGCGUUCUGGGUUUUGGAAGGAACUCAGAUUUCAUAGGUUGGUUGUUUGCAUUUUUGAAACAAUUUUAUGGGUCUGUGAGCAAAGAAGAUUAUUUGACAAUGCGACUUGGCUUCGUUCAGGUUUGCUCACUGCCUCACUCUUUAAGGAUAAAGUCACAACCUAGAGGUCACAGGUUUGAAGCAAACAAGAGCACCUCUGCUAAAACGGGGAUAAGGCUAUGUGCAUCUGAUGACCUUCUCCCAACUGUUUCCCAUCCAUUGCAUAAAAAAUAUCUCAAAUGUUUAAACAAGCACAUCAAGUGCAGCGAAAAUAUCUCAAAUUUGGUAUCUUUGGAUCUUUGUGGUCAUCUUCUUGUUGCUGAAUGUCUGGGGAACCCAGCAUAUAGACUUGCCAUAAUCUUCACUUGCAUUUUUAAUCUGUUGAACGAAGGUCGUUACCGACACUUAUUAUCUUUAUAUGCAGGUUGGAAUUCCUAUUUUUGGAUAGCUUUCAUUCCCUUAAUUCUAUUACUUGCUGUUGGCACUAAGUUGGAGCAUGUUAUUACUCAAUUGGCCAAUGAGGUUGCUGAGAAGCACGUUGCAAUCGAAGGGGACUUGGUUGUUCAACCUUCAGAUGAUCAGUUUUGGUUCCACAGGCCCAGACUGAUUCUCUUCCUGAUACAUAUCAUCUUGUUCCAAAAUUCUUUUCAACUGGCAUAUUUCUUCUGGUUAUGGUAUCAAUAUUCAUUUGAUUCCUGCAUAAUGGGGAAAGUCGGUUAUAUUAUCCCAAGACUCAUUAUUGGAGCAUUCAUUCAGUUCGUCUGCAGUUACAGUACCUUCCCGCUGUACGCAAUUGUCACACAGAUGGGAAGUUCAUUCAAGAAGGCCAUAUUUGAAGAACAUAUACAAGAGGGCCUUAUUGGAUGGGCUCGAUCAGCAAAAAGGAACAAGCCGUUGAGAUGUGUAGAUCCCAAAGAGGCUUGUGUGACAGUUAAUGAGUCGUCAGUGGAAGUUGGCACCACAGGAGAAAUUGAGCCUGAACUGCCACUGAGGUCACCAAAAUGA